AUGGACCGGUGGAGUAAGGCACUUGUAGAAGUUGCUAAUUUAAAAGGAAAGGAUGUAAAAGGAAGGUUUGAGAGUGAUUUAAUCGAAGAAAUUGUAAAAGACAUCUACCGUCGAUUACGUAUACCCUUAGGGAGUGUUCGGUCAUUUCUUAUUGGGAUGGAAUAUCAUAUUAAUUUUGUCACUUCAUGGUUGAAAGAUGGAUCCUCACAUACGGCAGACAUACUUACUAUUUAUGGUAUAGGCGGGAUCGGGAAGACAUCAUUAGCCAAACAUGUCUAUGGGCUAUAUUCUCGUGAAUUCCACACAAGUAGCUUCAUUGAAGAUAUCACAAGGAAAUGUGAUGAACAGUUUAAUGGGUUGCUUGAUUUACAAGAACAACUCUGCAAUGACAUUUCAAAAACAAGUUCAAUUAAAUUUCAUGAUGUUUCGAUAUACACCGCAAAGAUAGAAAAUGCACUGGCCCGUAAAAAGGUGUUUGUAGUUCUUGAUGAUAUCAGUACCCUUGUUCAGUUGGAUGCAUUACUUGGAAGCAAAGGUUUUCAUCCCGGAAGCAAAGUUAUAAUAACCACAAAGGACAAAUGGUUGACAGAGAGUUGUGAACUAUUCAAAAGAAACAUUAAACCCAAACAUGUAAAAGACUUCCUUGAAGGCUUACAUGAGAUUAAAUCACGACAACUUUUGUGUUCCCAUGCGUUUAUGUGUAACCAUCCCAAGGCAGGUUAUGAAGAGGUGACAGAUAAGCUUAUGAAGUAUUGUCAGGGACAUCCAUUGGCUCUUGAAGUUUUGGGUAAGUCUCUGUAUAAUCGGGAUGUGGCUUACUGGGAAGGGUGCAUGGAAGGGCUAAAGAAAGAAAUUAGUUCCCCUAUAAAUAAUGUCUUAAGAAUGAGCUUCGACACUUUGCCAUCAAACAACGAUAAGGAGUUGUUUAAGCAUAUUGCUUGUUUUUUCGUCGGAACAGAUAGAGAUGUUAGCGAAACAAUAUUAGAGGCAUGUGAUAUAAACACAAGAUCCGGAAUCACGAAUCUCAUUGACAGAUGUCUUCUUAGUAUUGGACCGAAUAAUGAAUUGAAGAUGCAUCAGUUGGUCCAAGAGAUGGGAAGAUUUGAAGUACGUCAAGAAUCACUUGACAAGCCAUGGAAGCAAAGUCGAUUAUGGUGUCAUAAGGAGUCAUUCAGAGUGUUGAAACAAAAAAAGGGUAAGGGAAAUCUUCUAGGCCUUGCCCUUGACAUGCGCAUGCUUGAGAAAGAGAAGUUGGGAGCAUCAUUUGAGCUGAAAACAGAUGCAUUGAGUAACAUGGAUAGUCUUAUGUUACUACAACUCAAUUAUGUGCACAUGUAUGGGUCUUAUGAGAACUUUCCAGAGAAUUUACGAGGCUUAUGUAUGCAUGGGUUUCAUUUAAAGUCUAUACCUGCAGAAUUACCUAUAGUGAAUCUUGUUGGUCUUGACAUGUCAUAUAGCAAUAUCGAAUCAUUUGUAAGUUGUUAUAGUAAUCCACAACGACUUGAGAAGAGGCAAAAGGUGGAUGGAUCGUGCUUAAAAGAGAAAAUAUUGUUUGCUUCACUAAAGAUUCUUAAUUUAAGUUUCUGCAAACAACUUCAUAGUGUUAGUGACUUUGAUCAACUGCCUGUGCUUGAGAGGUUAAUACUUAGAAAUUGCAUUGGUUUGCUUGAUAUUUGUGAAUCAAUUGGGCAAUGUGUUGAACUUGUCCUCAUUGAUCUGAGCUACUGCAAGAAGCUUGAAAAACUUCCAAGAAAUAUAGGGAAGUUGAAGAAGGUUAAAACAGUGUUGCUAGAUGGUUGUAAUCUUGAUGAAUCUCGAAUCAAGAAUAUGGAUGUGGAUUCACUGGAAAUAUUCACGGUUAACAACAUUCACAUAAACAAAAGAAACCUCUUUCUCUUCCUUUGUGGGUUCCAUACCACAUGA